AUGGCGGGGAAACCUCGAGCUUUCGGAUUUGUCGGCUUGGGCAAUAUGGGGUCAAUGAUGGCCGCCAACCUCGCCGCCUAUGCAGAAAGAAAUGCCCUUCCGCGAGUCAGAAUCUGGAACCGCACAAGAUCAAAGAUUGAAUAUAUCGCGCAACAAAACCACUGCAAAAUCAGCAACUCUUUGUCGGACCUGGCUCAAAGCUGCGACAUCGUUCAUACCUGUUUGGCCAACGACCAAGUGGCAAUCUCCGUCUACACCGAGUUAUUCACCUCCAGCAGCGCGUCAAUCUUCGUGGACCACUCGACCCUGUUCCCAACAACAAUCAAGGCUCUCCAGGAACAGGCCAGUCAUUUUGGCUUGAAGUAUCUGUCAUGCCCGGUCUUUGGACCACCUGCUGCUGCUAAGAGCGCCAGCCUAUUGAUCGCUUUGUCGGGUGAUAUUACCGCUCAACAAACCGUGAAGGAAUAUAUUGUUCCGACUUUGGGAAAGGCUACAAUCGACUGCGGCGAAGAUCCCGCCAAGGGUGCACUGUUGAAGAUCCUGGGCAACAACUGCAUCCUCGGUACGAUCGAGCUGCUCUCCGAGAGCUUUACGCUUGCCGAGAAGACAGGGUUCGAUGUUAACCUCUUCUAUGAAUUUAUCCAGGCAUGGUUUCCCGCUCCCGCAUGGGUUAACUACGGCAAAAAGAUCCGCGACGGGGCUUUCAGUGGUGCAACUGGAUUCACGAUCCCCGGCGGGAUGAAAGAUGCAUCUUUCAUUCGAACACUGGGUGCCGAGACCUCAACUCCCACGCCCCUUAUUGAUCAAGCUUGGAAUCAUCUCUGCACCGCUAAGGCCGUUGGCGGAGAAGACCUGGAUUGGAGUGCAUGUGCUGCGGGUAUGCGGGUCACCGCGGGCCUGCCACCCUUCAAGGGGGAGGAUUUUACUCUGGAUAAGUUUAAAUAAAGCCUCGUAUGAAGAUAACACGAGGAAAUGUGUCAUGAAUCCAGUAUUAGGG